ACGAUCAAGGAAAUUACGGAAUAAAAUGUGGCGAGGCAAACUGUCUCUGUUGUUGUCGAUUACAGUGUUUGUGAUAGACAAAGGGUUCCAGACAUCUUUCAGACCUCAUUACUGUACACUGCAGUGUGUUUGCCAGGGUUCACCAGGAUGUGAGUAUUGCAGGAUUAGUAAAGAUGAUGUUGAAACUACACUUGGAUUCACCUCUGCUGGUCUCUUUGCAGGUUGUAUACCAUGGCUGUGUCAUUCUUUUUUAGGUCUGCAGAGUCCUGAGGUCUGCCAGCACUAUGUACAUGCACCAAGGAAUGUCACUAUUGAGUUUGUGGAAAGUCAAAAUCCUAAAUAUGAGACUGUUGUUGUGUCUUGGAGGCCUAGCCAAUACGGUAUUGCUUUUUUGCGUGGUUUCCUAGUUUCCCUCCAGACUCUAGGAGGCACUCAGAGCACAUGCCAACUCUUGCUUCUUCAAAAUAAUAUGUCAUUCUCAGCUGUGCAUGCUCAAAGGGUGUAUUACUCAGAUUUUUUCACAGAUCUUUCCCUUGGUACCCAGUAUGCAGUGACUGUGAUGGCACUUCCAGUUCCUGAGAUCUGGGAGAAAUUUUAUCAUAGAAAAUUGUUCUUCACUCGCUCAUGUCCUGAGAAAAAUGGCCUGGAGCACUGCAAGACAGACUGGUAUCCCAGAUAUAUUGAAGUCCACCAGGAAAACAAGGAUAUUGUAGUGACUUUUAACUUGGCACCUAAGAAGUUGGGAAUCUCUCGUUAUUUUUCAUCAUGCUUUGGAAGGGACUCACGCAGCAUAAUUACAGUUAUUCAACCAGACUUUAGUGUAAAUAGCACUCAUCAUACAUACCGUUUGCAGAAUCUCCACACAGAAACCAAUUAUACCUGUGAGAUUGCAGCAGAUAUUGUGGAUGCUGUAAGGAAGCCUUUCUUUGUUCAAGUGCAGCACACUGUGAAAGAUCCUUCAGCCUUGAACAAGGCAAGUGUCUCUUUAGCAGUUCUCUUCUCUGUGGGUAUUCUACUAGCAGUCUUCUUAUCAGUCAUCUUUACUAUUCACUGGCAGAAAAAACAAAAGCAAAAGGCAGCAAAAACGGAGACACCAUCAGACAUAACUGAGGAAUAUUAUGAUGAAUAUACAGAGCAUCAGUUUUUACCUUUAGAAAACAGGACCAGACCCCCUCGACUCCUUAUUUGCUACUCCAGCAGUGAUGGUUCUGCCCAUAUAAGGGUUGUCUUACAAUUGGCAACGUUUUUGCAAAAGCAUAUGGCUACUGAGGUACAUUUAGAUCUGUGGGAUGCCUUACGUAUGACAGAGGAGGGAGAUUUUGGGUGGUAUUGCAGGAAGAUGAAGGAGAGCGACUUUGUGCUCGUCAUCUGCUCUAAUGGUCUCAACCAGAGACAGCAUAACCAGAGAGAAGUGGAGGAAAGGACAAAUACCUCUCUCGCUAUUAUAGCCAUGAUUGGAGAAGAGUUAUUCCGUGCCAAAUCUCUGAGUCAGGACAUCUCCAAAUACAUAACUGCAACUUUUGAGUAUUCAAAGUCUUCAGACAUACCCACCAUGUUAAGUUUGGCCUCUCAUUAUACUCUUCCAGAGGACUUGCCACUGCUCUUCUCCCAUCUUCAUGGAGUGUCCUUGCAGAAGCCAGGAGCUUAUCUUCAAAUAGAAAACAUCUCAGAAAAUGGCUACUCUAAGCUCCCAGCUGGGGCAGCAUUAUUAUUAGCUAUAGAAGAUGCAAGCAUAUUUUUUUCUGGUUUGUAUCCAUCUGGGAAAAGAAUCGAAGGUCCUGGACAUAACAAAAUAGCAGGAGAUAAUGUGAUGCAAGAACCAAAACUAUCUUGCUCAACUUGAAGGUUUUUCUGUUUAAAUCAACCAAAGGUUCUGCAGGUAUUAAUAGUACCAGACACUGCUUAGAGGGACACUUCUUGAUUGACAUCCUGUGGGUAUGGCAUACAGGUUUAUGGAUGAUUAAAGAGUUAUCAGUUGCUAUCAACAUUGUAUCAAUGUAAUAUUGAUUUUGUCAUAAGCCAUCUACUAUUUUCACACAAGGGCUUUUAUUACAUCUCAAAUGUAACUCUACAACAUAUUGGUAUUUUUAAAGAAUUUGUUGGACACAAAGAAAUUAAAAGUAAUUAAAGGUGAUAAGAAGGUAACCUGACACCAAAUCCAGGACUUUUAAUUUACUAGACUUCUUUUGGCCUCAUAGAAAUGAUCAGUGUAGUGUAGGGCUAAAUUUCACUAUACGAUCAACAUGUUUUUCACUUGCACUUUAUUCUAGCUGUACGUAAAGCAUUGACCGAGAACUUUCACUUGGCUUUGGCUUUUUUCUCAUUCAAUCAAGGAAUUUGAGGAAUUAUUUUUUUCCUUAUUUUUGAAGGGUUUAAAAUGUAAUGGAUAAUUUACAUUUUGCAAUUUGUGGCAUGGCUUUCUAAGUUUUUACAUGAUUGUGUCACACAAUUAAUGCUGGUUUCCCAGGUGCACUUUUAUACGGUGAUUCAAGGUUUGACUUGUGCAUUUUGAGCUGAUUUUCUGCUCACAACAAUUUUACAGUAUGGCUAUCUGUGUUACUGUACUUUCUCUCAACAAGUUGUUUGAGGAGAGCAUAUUGGAUUUUUUUUUUUACUUUAUUGCACAGUUCACAGUAAACUUAAACUGUUUGUGCUAAGAAGAAAAAUCCCAGGAGAUCAUCAUUUAAGCAAUACUCAAACUAGCCAAAGUGGUACCAGUCAUGCCACUGUCAAAUCACUGAGAUCACAUUUUCCCCAUUUUGAUGGUUAAACAGGACCCAAAGUUGGAUAAGGUUCUUAUGCUGGAAUGCAGCAUUUCGUGUCUCCAAACUUAAUACUUCCCAUUUAAACCUAAAUCUUCUAUUUUGUUCUAGUCUCUCCACAAGAUAUUUUUCCAAUUGCCCUGAGGCUUAUACAGAUAAUCUUUAGUGAACUUCAGUCAGGCAGCAAUGUUUUUGGAAAGUGACUUUCUCUUUGGAUGUCUGCCAUGCACAAGAAGUUUAUUCAGUGUUUACCUGAUGGUGGACUCAUGAACAUUAACAGUAGCCAAUGUAAGAGACACUGUUGAGAAUUCUUUGUAGUAGGGUGGGAGGAGCUUUGUCUCCACAGCUGCGUUAAAUUGUUAAGUAGUGGCCCUUUGUUCAGUGUGUCAUCCAACAGCUCAUGGGGAGAUUCAGAGUUGAUGAAUGCUUGAAUUUAUACUAUACAACUCUGGUCUCAUGAUUGCCUGACAAUAAAAUAUUAACAAACUGGA